GACGUUGCCAUAGCACACUGCAGCGACGAGCGACUCCCGCGGCCCUACGAAACGCUCACUCUACUAAUCGCUCACCCACACCCCCGCAGACACGUCGAAUGCAGGUCUGAGGCCCACCCACCAGCAAGUCAGCCUCACCGAAGGGAACACAACACCCGACAUGGCGACCGCUGGGCGCAGGAGGAGCAUCACGUCGUCGCUGGGGCGCUCGAGUCGCGACCGGUCGCUGGCUGCACCGGCGGACAAGGCCUUGUCGAAGAGCGCCAGCGCCUCUGCAUUGUCCGUUGGCAGCGACGGGCCUGUCGACGCCCACGACGGCGCCCUCGACAGACUGAGGAGCCGCCAUUCAGACGACGGGCGAAGCGACAGCUCGUCGAACAACAACCACCACCGCCGCCUGUCGGGCCUGUUCAAGCGCAAGAAGCGCAGCAAGGACAGCAGCAGAGACGACCUCUCGCAGAUGGAUCCAGCGGAGACCGCAGCAGCACUCCCCGCUGACAUCAGACGCCCGAGCGCAGAGCCGCUGAACCACAGCGACGACUCCCUGGGUCUGCACAAGAGCGUCGCCAGCAGCCUGCUCACCGAGGACUCCGACUCGGAGACUGCCUCACCAGUACGCCGGCCUGGCAUAUCACCGCACAACUCACACGCCGGACUGCUUACACUGUCCUCUCCCCUGAUCACCUCCGAAACCGUCGGCUCCGUCGACUCGGCCACUACAACCGCCGAUGCCACCCUCGUCGACUCGCUGACGUCCACCAAAGAAGGCUCCGUGAGAACCGCCAACACGAUUGACAUCACGUCGGACAGGCGUGGAGUGUCGCCAGUCGGCAAGCUGAAGGAGGCCUUCAAUCCCACUCGGCGUGCCGCCUCUCCUAAGCCGGGAGGCGACGCAGACGGCGCGAAGUCAGCCACAAGCGUGGGAGGACUAGGCUCGCUGUUUGGAGGGAAAAAGCGGGAGCAGAGGGUCCUGGACGAUCCCAUCGUGGCUUCACCACCGCAGAUCCACACAGGAUCCGAGACGCAGUCCACAGCUUCUCUGCGCUCGACGGGUCCUAAGCGGAUCAUCACCCAGAUUCCUGCAACCCCACCGAACGCGGUCGACGCCCCCACCACCUUCGUUACCCCGCCCACGCCCAUAGAUGGGUCUGCACCGUCGCCAACCGAAUCUACUCACUCGAAGAACGGCACAAAGCAUAGCCCUUCGCAGUCGAACCCCAACGUAGUGGUCUCCUCUUCGGGGAACAUGAUAUCGCACAGACGCGUGCGCUCAGCAUCAAACGCCCCCAGCAAGCUCUCCAACUACAUCUCAGCACCACUCACACCGCACCCCGAGGAAGCAAAGACGCCUGGCGGCACCGCUGUACUCAACUCGCCCAGUACCGGGUUCUUCUCCUCUGUAUUCUCGGCCGCACAGAACGCUGCAAAUCAGUUCAGCAACACAAUCACACAAAACACUGCGCCGAAGAACAAGGCGGACAAACAACAGCAGAAGGAAGCUGACAAAGCUGAGGACGGCGGAGAGGAAGUCAUUGGACCUGCGAACGUCGAGCCAACAACAGAAGGAUCGGAGAAGCCCCGGCCAGCGAUCGAAACACUUGGGUCUGGAAACCUCAGUUUGGCACAUCUGGGCAUAGCAGAAAGCAACGAAGUCAGCCCCAUGUCUUCUGCGACAAACGUCACCAUGAAGGCUGACGAGGCAUCUGCAAAGGUCGAGGACGCCGCGGCUGCAGAGGCCGUGUCAGCGGCUUACGCGGCAAAGCCACCAUCAAUCAGCAGUGAACGUCCACGCUCGCUCACUGUUGACUCUGGAGGACCAGGAGGACCAGGGGCAGCUUCACCUAAGAGGGAUGGCGACAUCACAGAUUCUCCCGCUCCCGGUUCCGUUCAGAGGCAAGGCAGCAUUCGUAGCCGCAUCAGUGGUGGAAGAAGAAGACGGCAUAGGGGCAGCUCAGCCGCCACUGGCAAUACCAUUGCUGCUGCGAUUGGAGCUAGCACAUCUACUUUGGCCCCUGCUGCUGCGCUGCAAGGCCACCGGUUGAACGGGACUGGCUUUGCUGUGGCACCGCCGAAGCGCAACAAGGACUUCCACAAUCUCUUCAAGAGCGUACCCGAAGACGACUAUUUGAUCGAAGACUACAGCGCAGCACUACAGAAGGAGAUCCUGCUACACGGUCGACUAUACGUUUCGGAAGGCCACCUCUGCUUCUCCAGCAACAUUCUAGGUUGGGUCACUAACCUUGUCAUCAGCUUUGACGAAGUUGUGUCUGUCGAGAAGAAGUCGACUGCAGUACUGUUCCCGAACGCCAUUGUCAUCCAGACGCUCCAUGCUCGGAACGUUUUUGCAUCCUUCUUGACUCGAGACUCUACCUACGAUCUUAUCAUCGGUAUCUGGAAGAUCUCGCACCCGAACCUCAAGUCCUCGUUGAAUGGCGUAACAAUCGACGGGUCCGCCGGCACUGGCGACAAAACCGAAAAGGCCGAGUCGAUUGGCAGCGAUGUUGGUUCUAGCGAAUCUGACGACGAAGUCUACGAUGAAGAUGCGGAUGAAGAUGACGGAAUCGGCAGCUUUACUGAAGCUGGCGAAGGCAGUGUGGCCGGAAGCGAUCUUGGCUCCGUAGCGGGCGACGCACCAGCAACUCGUAAGGUCAGCGCUGCCGUCUCGCAAGCUGUUGGGAGUGGCGGCCAAACGGUCGAAGCAGCGAAGGCUGCCACUAGCGGUGCUGCGGCAACGAACGACUUCCCUGGCUCUGCAACGCAUGGUCCCACAGAGUGUGCCGACAACGACAAACACUACGACAAGCUCCUGAUCGACACGACUAUCCCAGCACCCUUGGGCAAAGUCUACAGCCUGAUGUUUGGCCCUGCUGCUGACGCAUUCAUGCGGAAGUGGCUGAUUGAGGAUCAGAAGUCAACCGAUCUGCAGAUGGAGCAUGACAAGGAUGGUCUGGGCGAGAAGAAGACGUCGUUCAAUUACUCGUACAUCAAGCCUCUUUCCGCACCGGUCGGGCCCAGGCAGACAAAGUGUAACAUCGAGAUGACACUCGAACAGUAUGACCUUGAGAGGGCUGUCAGCGUGAACUGCAGCACGCAAACACCUGACGUACCGAGCGGGAACAUCUUCCUUACAAAGACAAGGUACUGCUUGAUGUGGGGACCGGGCAACAGCACGCGGUUGAUCAUGACCUUUACCGUUGAAUGGAGCGGCAAGAGCUGGCUGAAGGGACCUAUCGAGAAGGGCGCCAACGAUGGUCAAAUGUCGUACGCAACCUCCCUGACAGCCGCACUUCGUACCGCCGUAGCCGCCAAAAUCAGCGCUGGGCCGAAGACCCCAGGCCGCAACGGAAAGUCUAAGAAGCGUUCCAAGACCGCAGCCCUGGAAGAAGCACCCGUCAUCGCCGCACCCGCCGCGCCACAACCGAAGCAGAGCAACUGGGGUCCGCUUGAACCUAUCCGCCUCAUCGUCCCGUUCUCGGAUACGAUCGAGUCCCUGUUCACACCCCAGAUCAUCAUCACCAUGCUUGGGGCUCUGCUGAUAUACUCCUGGUUCUUCCGCAGCGCUGCAACAGGCGUAUCCGGACCGAAUCAAUGGAGCACGAGCCAACGACAGGUCGCGUACGAAGAGAUCUGGCGGCACGAAGAAAGCGAGCUGUGGAAGUGGCUCGAGGACCGUGUAGCCAUCGACCGGGUGCAACACGAAGCUGGCAGCAAGUUCACACCUGACGACCAACAACGCGUUCAACCCAAGAACAUGAAAGAGCGGGAGAUGGACGAAGCAAUACGGGUCACAGAGCAGAGACUCGCUGAGCUGAAAGGGUCGGUUGAGAAGGAGAGGCAGAGAAGUAGGACGAAGAGCCCGAAGGAAAAGGCGACGUAGAGCUCGCUCAAAAGAAAGAGUCGUCUUAAGAGAUGUUGUACAUUACGCAUGGCGAUGGCGUUUCAUUGCAUCGUUUCGUUUGUUGUUUUCCAGUGUUUUGGAUUGCAGUCUUUUUUUCCUUUUUUUUUUUUUUUUUUUUU